AUGAUCGGUCGAAUCCUGGCAUUCGUGGCAACGUGCCUUCUUCUGCACGCGGCUUAUUCGACGUAUGAGCAUCUGUCCAUCUUGAAGGCGAUGGGCAAGCCAGAAAACCACAUUCCCACUUCGAUCAUUCUGGAAGCCGUCCUCUCGUUUUUCAUCUUUGUGCCUGGAGUCGUCUUGGCAUCAGGACCUUUGGAAGACGUGACAUGGCGAGGAGAAAUGGCAAGACGAUCGCAAGAGGAUGUGCAUUCGAGGAUGUCUUUCUUACCGUUCGGACCGGCUGCACCGAAGCCCGUCAGAUAG